CGAAUCGGGCCAAGCGCAGAUGGGACGAUAUUAAAAUUAUAUUAUUGAGCACUGCGGGGAUGAGGGUGGUUUUGGAAAUCUGGGAUAAGAUUUAAUAUCGCAACAACCGUCUAGUGCAGCAUCCUGCGAAUCAUGAGGUGCCAGAACAGAAUGAAACAUUUAGUCCUUCCGCAUACUUUGAACCGUUAGGAACAGUUUUCGAUUGGGAAAUUCGUCGCCGACGAUUUUAUAUCAGUAGUGCAACAGGGAAAAGUGAUGACCACGUUCCCCAGUGAUCCGCAUCAUCAUUGGGAGAGUGCUAAUGGACAUAUGGAGCCACCAUUCCCGCCGGAGGUAUCACCGUUUACGCCAAUUUGGGGACAAGAAAAUCCCUCGCCGAUGGUACAUUAUCCUGAACUAAUGGCCGCCGGAUUUCCAUGUGCAGAUUUAGCAAUUUGGCCUCGUCAGCAAGUGGGCAGCUUUGUUAGUCAACGCCUGUCGCCACGAGGUGCUCAACCUGCUCCGUCUCAAUCGACCACAAAGAAAACACGCCGCCGGGUGGCAUCGAUGGCCCAGAGACGGGCAGCCAACAUUCGGGAGCGCCGCAGAAUGUUCAAUCUGAACGAGGCAUUUGACAAGUUGCGACGAAAGGUCCCAACAUUUGCCUACGAGAAACGGCUUUCCCGCAUUGAAACGCUUCGUUUGGCUAUAACCUACAUUGGAUUCAUGUCGGAAUUGUUGAACGGAACACCAACGCACCAUGAUGGCCGGUCUCCUGAAUUGUAUCCAAAUCUUGUUCACCCUCACCAUACAAACCAUCUUCAUCCUUCCUUCCAUCAACGGGAGUACAUCACACCUUAUGGAACUCAUACUGGUUGAUUGUUCAAAUCAUCGAAAAUUUCAAAACCAAAGAAUAUCAUAUGUGUGAUGAUUUCAUAUUUAGAUAAAAUCCAUUUGUUCUUCCAUUAAAUUAAGUGUAUCUUUGCGUAUGACUAGAAAUA